UUUCCUCGUGAAAAAGUGCUCGUGCGGCUUGGGCGAGAACAUUCCAUCGAAAAAAAGACAUCCUUCCAACCUUUGGUGAUUAAACCGCCAUGGCUCACAAACAGAUCUACUACUCUGAUAAAUACAACGACGACCUCUAUGAAUACAGGCAUGUUGUUUUGCCACGGGAGUUGGCUAAGCAAGUCCCCAAGUCGCACCUGAUGUCUGAGGACGAGUGGAGACGGCUCGGCGUGCAGCAGUCUCUCGGAUGGGUGCAUUAUAUGAUUCAUGAACCUGAACCACACAUCCUGUUGUUUAGAAGACCGCUUCCAAAGUAGUAAUGACCGUGAGACCCUCUGAUUCUCUGGAGCCUUCCUGCGGAUUAUUCUGGUAUUCAGUGAAUACUUAAAGUGACCUUUAAGAUUACGACCUCCUGUGCAUUUAGCUGGAUUUUUCUCAGCGCUUUACGCUCAGUCAGAGAAUCAACCACGCAAAACUGUAUUACAUCGUUUUGUUUUUGUAUGUUUGUUUUUUUUAAACAAAAAUGGGAAUUAAUGUCAGUAAAUGCUUCUAUCUAGUUAAAACGAUUGUUCUUUGCUGCAACCUCAUUAUAAUGGAGGAUUAAAGAUGAUUGAGAACUUUGUUUUCUUUUGUACCGCUUUGUAGUUAAUGACCUGAGGUGCACAUUGGCCAGGUUCGGAAUAAUACUUUAAGGAAGGAAAAGAUUUACUUGAUCGAUUUAACUUGUGAUGGAUAAAAAGUUCUUGAUUUGAUUACUAAACAAAGCACUGCAUUGUGGCGAGAACUGAUUUUUGGAGUAAAACCACAUUUUUUUUAUUAUUAUUAUAGGAGAAAAAUGGUGCCACACAAGUGCCAUAUAAAAAAAAAAAACUGCUGUAACGUUGUAGGGAUUAAACUGUAAAUGUUGAUGCUUGUGUACAAACCGUUCUACAUGCCCAAUCACAUGCAAAGGUUUGCUGUGUGUAGAUGUGCCUUGUAGUGCAAUCGGUAGGAAUCAUUUUAAGGAAAUGUUUCAGUAAUGAGAUAUGACUGCAUUUUAUGUUGCCAAGCAUUGUGAAACCAGCAUGUCUUGUACAAUCUAAUAAAUAUAAAUCUUUUUCAUAUUGAA